AUUCUCUCAAAAAUAUCGCAAUUGUGCCAACCCUGGUAUUGACAAUACAAAUUGAAACAUCUGAACGAACUCUCUUUGAUAUGAUGACUCUCCAGUAAAUGUAUCAGUAUGGUUGCAGCUCUGUUGUGGAUUGAAUUCUACAGGAGAAAAAACUGUCUGCUUUGCGUUCCAGAUUACGACGGAAAAUAAGAAAUUGCAAGAGAAGGUCACAGAACUGGAAACAGAGGCUGAGGAGCUCAGAAGGAUCAGAAAGAUGUUAGAAAAUGACAAUGUGGAGAAGACUGAGAGAUUGGAACAAGCUGAAAGCAAAGCCAGUCAAGCCAUGCUGACACAGCGAGAGAAAGAAAUUGAACUUGAAGCCUUGCAGAAGUAUUUCAAAUCAACUGAAGUGGAAUUACACAGGAAAAUAACUGCUGAGGAGUCAUCCCGUAUUUCUAUCGAGAACCAACUACAAUCCGAACAAGCUAAAGCGUCGACUGCUGUGGUGGAUGCCGAUAAAUACAGGCAGCUAUAUUUAGAUAUCAAAAAGCAAAUUGAGGAAAUCGAUGAGAGCAAGAAGGAGCAGUUAUCGAAUAUGGAGAAAAAGGCUCAUCAAAACUGGCUCGACUACAGAGCUGCAGUGAGAGAACUGGAUGGCUUGAAAGACGAGAACGAAAUUUUGAGAAGGAAGCUUUAUGAUCUAGAAGUGAGAGGAAGCCGUCCAAGUUCUUCGGCAAGUAGUCAACUUAAUCAUGUUGAUGGACGUGAUUCUCCUUCGCGACGAAGCCCUAUGUCUGGUCUUCCGGGUCAUGGUAGUCCUGUGCCAUUCACUGCCCCUCCUAUGAUGGGUCCUCCGCCUCCUCCUCCUCCAUCUUCUAUGUUUCCUGGCCAGCGGAGACCUCAUCCUGCAGACAUGCUGGGUAUGACGCCACCUCGACCACCUUUUCCGUCACCAGGCCCCGCAAGCAGAGGUCAUGCUACACCACCUCCGAUGACCAAUGCAGCCACUGCUCAGUCUUCGAAAACAGACGAUCGUUCUGAUUCAUUUGUACAAGACAGCAAGGAUGGAGCACUUCCUCCUCCUCCACCCAUGUCAGGGUAUGGGCCUCCACCACUCCGUCCUAUGAUGAGAAUGCCUAUGUUUCCACCUAGACCGAUGAUGCCUCCACCGCCAGGUGGACCUCUUCCUCGCAUGUUCUUGCCUCGACCUGGUGGACCUAUGCCGCCGCCUCCUCCGCAAGGCCCCAGGCCCCAAGCGAGUUCUACACCCAACCGUUCAUGAUAUUAAUUGUUGGUUUUAUGGUCGCCUCAUCGCAAUUAAGUCUAGAUCGUUCAAUUGUCUCGUGUUUAUUUGCAGUGCUCACCAAUGUGGAACAAUAAAUAAUAUUUCUUAGAGCACUCGAACAAAUGAUCUCUGAUGGAAUCAGAGACGACAAGGUCUUGGAAAAAAAAAGAAAAACAAUAUUUAAUUAAUUUGUGAAAGUUUUACUUUUUCCGAGGUGCAGGAUCUCAGAAACGAAUAAUUCGGGAUCCGAAAACAAAUGACAAAUAAAGUGUUUUAUCGUUUAAA